AUGAGUCUCCCUUCAAAGCAAGCACCAAAGCUGUUUGAAUCACUGAAGAAGACACGACUAUGGAAACUGUACAGACUUGAUUCGAAUUGGAGUGAACAUAAUGAUGUCACUCUGUUCUUUGAUGGCGACGACACAUUCAUGUCGAUGUGGGACAGCAUUGAGAAUGCCAAACACUCGAUCAACAUGGAGACUUAUACAAUUGAACCUGACAGCGUUGGAUUGAGGACCAUUCAGUUGCUGACGGCAGCACAACGGCGAGGAUGCAAAGUAAAGUUUGUCUAUGAUGCCAUUGGAAGCUCGUCCAUCUCUGACUCACAUCUUCAAGAACUGAAAGACAGCGGUGCAACAUUGAUCAAGUUCAAUCCAUUCUUCUCAACGAGCUUCCCCAUCAUGUUUAGGAAUCACAGAAAGAUGAUCGUUGUCGAUGAGAAGAUUGGCUAUUGUGGCGGCAUGAAUAUAAGCGAGAAGUAUGCUGGCAAGGUGUUGGGCACAUCAUACUUUAGAGACACGCACGUUAAGAUUGAAGGGCCCGUUGUCAAGGACCUCCUGGACGCCUUCUACAGCACAAAGAAGGACAAGCAGACACUAUUCUCACAACAACGAUCACAUUUGAUUCAAUCUGGAACGACAAGGGAUCAAGACGAUCCCUCCUCCUCAUCCUCAUACUCAUCAAACAUACCAACAUCCACCACAACGACAUCACGCGCAUCCUCAUCACUGGAGAGAGGGGCAGACUCAGAGACUGCAGUUGCAGAGGCGGCGGCUGCCUCGGAGGCUGGCAAGGCUAUAAUGCCAAGCAUCGAUCCACAAUCAAUUAUACCAGACCUGGGCCGUCCGAUGGACGACUCGAUACGCGACAAGAUACUGUACGACCGAUACCAUGAGUACUUUAGCGACUUUUACAACGAGGAAGACAACCGCGACUUUGACGACGAGGACGACGACGAUGACUACCUUCAAGACGGAGAGGAUGCCGCACACGAAUUUGACGAGAACAAGAUGAAGGUGGAGGAUGUCCCCAUCCAAGUAUGGGAGUCCAACCUGAUGCGAGGCAAGCGUAACCUGCAACGAGGACUGAGCAUCCUGUUGAAGAACUGCAACAAGAACUGCUACCUCACCUCUGCAUACUUCAUGCCGCCACGACUCCUUCGCAAGGCCAUCAUCGACACAGCAUCACGUGGUGUCGAAGUCAAGAUCCUGACCGCCGGCAUCUCAGACGUUCCCUGGGUACGCAUGGCCGGACAACACAUUUAUAGACCAUUUCUAGAGAAAGGAGUAAAGAUCUACGAGAUGACUGGAACAAGAUUACACUCCAAGACGAUAACGAUUGAUGGAAAGUACAAUACGAUUGGAUCGUAUAAUCUCGAUCAUUGGAGUCAGCGCAACUUGGAGGUGUGCGUAUCGAUCACGGAUGAGCGCGUGGCCAAGUACAUCGAGAGACAGUUCCACGAGGAUCUGAAACAAUCUGAAGAGAUCACACUGGAGUACCUGGACAACAAGAGUCUAUUCAACAAGAUCUACAGUUUCCUCGCCUAUCAAUUUGGAAGGAUUGUCAGACCGACAGAUAUUAAAUAG